ACGCUCCCUUAGAAGCGAGCGUGUGCUGCCGGACUGUGUCUACGACCCUGCCGAGAGGAAUUUACAGAGAGCCCCUGGCUCCGCCUUCUCCUCCUGUUGGUAGCGUCUCACUCACCCCACAGCCUCGCUUCGCCGGUGGCUGCAGCCUCGGCAGCGACAACGGGGAAGAGGAGAAGGAAGAAGAAUAAAAGGGAAGGCCGGGAAAAAAAGAGGAGGGUGUUUAUCGAGCAUCCUCGGAGGUCGGCUCCUCAUUCAUGCAACGUCGUCGACGGAGAGGCGCGGAAGGAAAAAAGGGACUGAGGAAGGACUGAGGGAGGAGGAGCCGCCGCUCCUCCAGAGUCAGCUGCCGCCUCAGUCAGCGGCGUCGCCAGCCGCCGCCGCCGCCUCAGUGGGAUCUCCUUGAACGGCGGCGGGGGCGUGGAGGGGCCAGACCAUGCGGUGGCAGCGGAGUCCUCGGAGGCCCUGGCGGCUUCCUCGGCGCUCGCUCCUGGCCGCCCUAUUCUUCUUCUCGCUCUCCUCCUCUUUCCUCUACUUCGUCUAUGUGGCGCCCGGCAUUGUGAACACCUACCUCUUCAUGAUGCAAGCUCAAGGCAUCAUGAUUCGUGAAAACAUGAGAACAAUAGGAGCUCAGGUUUAUGAACAGGUGGUCCGCAGUGCCUAUGCCAAGAGGAACAGCAGCGGGAAUGACUCAGAUUAUCCUCUUGAUUUGAACCACAAUGAAACAUUUCUGCAAACAACAACUUUUCUUCCUGAAGAUUUUACCUACUUUCCAAACCAUACCUGCCCUGAAAGACUCCCUUCUAUGAAGGGCCCUAUUGAUGUAAAUAUGAGUGAAAUCAGUAUGGAAGAGAUCCACCAAUUCUUCUCUCAAGACUCUACUAUCAAACUGGGAGGCCACUGGAAGCCUAAAGACUGUCUGCCUCGUUGGAAGGUGGCAAUCCUUAUUCCAUUCCGCAAUCGUUAUGAGCAUCUGCCAGUCCUCUUUAGACACCUUAUUCCAAUGCUGCAACGCCAGCAUUUGCAGUUUGCAUUUUAUGUUAUUGAGCAAGCUGGUAACCAACCUUUUAACCGUGCCAUGCUCUUUAAUGUUGGCUUUCGGGAAGCAAUGAAGGACCUGGACUGGGAUUGUUUGAUCUUCCAUGAUGUGGACCAUAUACCUGAAAACGACCGUAAUCAUUAUGGAUGUGGGCAGAUGCCAAGACACUUUGCAGCAAAGCUGGAUAAAUAUAUGUAUCUCCUCCCUUACAACGAGUUCUUUGGUGGAGUGAGUGGCUUAACAGUGGAACAGUUUAAAAAAAUCAAUGGCUUUCCAAAUGCCUUCUGGGGCUGGGGUGGAGAAGAUGAUGACCUUUGGAACAGGGUGCACUAUGCAGGCUACUUGGUGACUCGGCCAGAAGGAGAGACAGGGAAAUACAAGUCUAUUCCCCAUCAUCAUAGAGGAGAAGUACAGUUCUUAGGAAGGUAUGCGCUGCUGAGGAAGUCCAAAGAGAGGCAAGAAUUGGAUGGCCUCAAUAACUUGAACUAUUUUCCAAAUAUUACAUAUGACGCCUUGUAUAAAAACAUAACUGUCAACCUGAUGCCAGAGCUGGCUCUGGUGAAUGAAUACUAAGAUGAUGAAAAGACGAAAGCAUAUGAAGAUAUUAUUUUGUAGGUAUCUCUUGGACAAGAAAAUUUUUGUGUCUAAUGAAGGAUCACAGUAUUUUGAAGAAUAAUCCACGCACACAGAUCAUAAGACUAUUAGCCCACUCAAGACUGUGCGGCGAGCUUGGACUUCACUUGCUUUUUUAUUUCUUUUUUAAGAGAACAGUGAUGUGACCUGCUGCUUUUAUCCCAGCAUUCCAUCUCCUUAAUCUUCAA